AGAACGGAGCGUUCUUGGACCUCCGAGGCGUGCUCGCUCCUUUCUCUAGUGCAUCGGAAUUUCCCUACGUUUCGACUUUUUUUUUGGUUUAUAACGUGCUUAUUUUUCACCUCGGAUGCUGCGCAAUGCUAGUAAGAACCUGAAAGUACGGCCUUCCAGCAGCCCCGGUGCUCGAAGGUGUCUCUCUCAAGGUUCCGCGCGUUCCACACGAGGGUCAUCCAAAAACUACGUCGCAGCAGCUUCGUCUGCUGCACUCACAGCUACUGCGCUAUGGUACUUUAUGAAGUUACAACCAGUUCACAAUGAUGCUCCAAAGGCUGAACCAACUUCAGAAAAGAAAUCAGACUCAUCGACAGGAUCCGUUAAAGUGACGAAUGUCGAUGAUGAGUCGUUAACUACAUUGGUAUGGGGCUCAAACAAGUCACACGUGUUGCUGCCAUCCGCCGAUACCCCUGAAUCUUUAAAGACACCAACGAGCGCAGGAUGGCUACAGGACGUAGCUUUGCGUGACCUCGCACUUCAUGAACGACAUGCAGCUUGUGUUGACGCGAAGGGCGACGUUUACCAAUGGGGUGAUGGCUUCUUUGGCGAGAGUUCAACUACAGGUGAGAGGAAGCCGGCCUUGACACUUCGCGGAAAGAACAUAGUCAAACUGCAAACUACUUCAUCGCGCGUCUUCGCGCUUUCUUCUUCAGGGCGAAUAUAUGUUCUGGCAUCUGAGGCGUCGAAACAAGAGUUACCAAUAGGUGGUCAAACUCCUGCCAGUACUCCGUGGUGGGGUACCGGCUGGCUUUGGGAUGAAGAGCAGAACAUCGACUUUGCCGAAAUGAAACCUAAUGAGAAGUUGGGCAGGCACGAAAAAUUGGUAUCAAUCGCAGCGGGAAAUGACCAUCUACUUGGUCUCACCUCUGCUGGACGGACGUUCGCACAUCCAAUAAAUUUGAAAGCUAAUGAUUACGGCCAGCUUGGUUUCCGCAAGUUCGAUGUCCCUGAUCACGCACCACAUCAUAUUGGAAUUCACCCGCCCGGUCACAUUCGUAUUCCCGUCGAACUCACCCCUAAGUCUAUCGCGGACCCGUAUGCAAAAUCUACUCCUACUAUUCGAAGUUCGUCAGUAGAUUCGCGGCCGGAAGUGGAAUUGGACGACUCAAGUAUCAGAUUUUCUGACAAACUCUUUGAAAUUCCAGCGUUGAAAGGUAUCUGGGUGGACCAAAUAGCAGCCGGCGGAAGGAGCAGUUACGCGAAAACCGCAGAUGGACGUGUUCUCGGUUGGGGUGCUAAUGAGUACGGUCAGAUCGGGUUGGGAAGGAAUGUGGCGCUGGACACGAUUACCGUCCCAACUGAGAUCAUCUUGUGGAGGGCAACGCCUCAGACGAUGCGAACAACCUGUUUAGAUAUCACUGCAGGCGGGGAUCUGGCUUUCUUCAAGGUCGAGCGUAACGAUGGUACCACUUUACCUUACAUCGACGUGCUCUCAUGUGGGAAUGGUCAGUGGGGUGGUUUGGGGAACGCGCUUUACAGCAAUGCUCAGGGUACGCCUUUGCGAGCCAAGGCAAUUAGUGGCCUGGUAGAAUAUUGCGAAACAAGCAAUGAUCUACAACCUAUCCAACCACAUGCCAUCUCUAUUUCCCCCACGGGGCACGUUCUUUUAACUUUGGACACGCUUGCUCGCUCAGGACCCGGUGCAGGAGGCCGAGACCUUCUUGUCUGGGGUGCGAAUUCAGAGUAUCAGCUGGGUAAUGGGAAACGUGGAAGCGUUGCUUCGCCUCGCAAUCUGGAAGGUCCCGAUGGAGAAAGAUUCAUGUUAGGCAAAAAGAAGGCCAAAGAAGUGAAGGAUCUUCUCGGCAAUGUAUGGAAACGGGGCGUUGAAGUGGAACAGUGCGCCCUUGCAGGUCCUGGAAAUAGCGUUGUUUAUUGGAAGAUAUGCUAGUUAUUGAUGGGUGUUUCAACACCAUUGACAUCCACAUGGAUGAACGGCUGUAUUUUUUUGUUUAUCAGAGUCACCAUUCCUGAUGAAAGUCAUGACAUUGACAUCUGCGAGCUCUGACUGUGUUAGAGGGGUUGUACGAAUGGACUGUCCUCCUGCGACUUGUUUCACCAGAGUAGGAAGCUUGCAGCGUGAGAACGGAGGCAGCGGAUGCACUACAAUAGGGACUGUGCGACAAGCUCAUGGCAACCUC